ACGAAUAAUAUCUCGCCGACAAAUUUCCCAUUCAAUAACAUUGACUUUCUCGUUACCCACUUUUCAUUUCAAACUCACUCAAAUUUUUUUCCUAAAGAGUAAAGAAACUUCUCUCCCUUGUCUUGUCUCCUUCUCUCUCUCUUUCUCUCUUUCAAAGCUAAUAAAUACAACAUUUGCAUCUAACGUUUCUCUAACACAAAAACAUGCACUCGAUCAGCUCUUUAUUAUAUCUGACCUUCCUCGCCGUCUUCACCGUCUCUUUCGCCGGCGGCGAGAGGUUCAAAGAAGCUCCAGAGUUCUUUAACUCCCCGGAGUGUCUCACCAUCGAAAACGACUACGAUUUCGUGUGUUCGAACAAAGCCAUCCACGUGGCAAUGACCUUAGACGCGGCAUACCUCCGCGGCUCAAUGGCCGUGAUUCUCUCCGUUCUCCAACACUCUUCUUGUCCUCAAAACAUUGUUUUCCACUUCGUUACUUCGAAACAAUCCCACCGACUCCAAAACUACGUCGCUUCUUCUUUUCCUUACUUGAAAUUCCGGAUAUACCCUUACGACGUAGCCGCUAUCUCCGGCCUCAUCUCAACCUCCAUACGCUCCGCGUUAGACUCUCCGUUAAACUACGCAAGAAACUACCUCGCCGAGAUACUCCCUACGUGUCUCUCACGUGUCGUAUACCUCGACUCAGAUCUCAUACUCGUUGACGACAUCUCCAAGCUCUUCUCAACUCAUAUCCCAAACGAUGUUGUUUUAGCCGCGCCUGAGUAUUGCAACGCUAACUUCACAACUUACUUUACUCCGACGUUCUGGUCAAACCCUUCUCUAUCCAUAACACUCUCCCUCAACCGUCGUCGUCCGCCUUGUUACUUCAACACCGGAGUGAUGGUCAUAGAGUUAAAGAAAUGGCGUGAAGGAGAUUACACGAGGAAGAUCAUAGAGUGGAUGGAGCUACAGAAACGGAUCAGAAUCUACGAGUUAGGCUCUUUGCCACCGUUUUUACUUGUCUUCGCCGGAAACAUAGCUCCGGUGGAUCACCGGUGGAACCAACACGGUUUAGGAGGAGACAACUUCAGAGGACUGUGCCGUGAUUUGCAUCCAGGUCCAGUGAGUUUGUUGCACUGGAGUGGAAAAGGAAAGCCUUGGGUAAGGUUAGACGAUGGUCGACCUUGCCCGCUCGAUGCACUUUGGGUUCCGUAUGAUUUGCUAGAGCCACGGUUCGACCUCAUCGAGCGUUAGAUUUAAAUGUUUUCUUGUCGGUUUAAAAAAUGUAUAAUUUUGACUGAACAUGUAAAAUAGGUAGUGAAGAAAAUACUUGAAUAAUAAAAUCAUAGGAGGAAUAGGAUAGUCGAAUAUGUAAAUUAGUUUGGUGGUGGUAGUUACUCUCGUAACGCAUUGCCUACUUCUACCAUAAUAAAUUCGAUACCUAUAAAGUUAUAAUAAUUGUGAAUAUAUUUUCUACCGAUAAAUGUACUACGGCGAGUCUAAAAGAUGUAACAACAAAUACAUAUACGUUACUAGAGCGUUUCUGUUUAUGAAUUUUCAAAUAAAUCUUUUUGUUUUUUA